CGGACAGUCGAGCCCACUUUUGAGAACGAGGAUUAAAUUGAUGCCAAUCUGAGAUCCUACUUCGCUCUCUUCUUCAAUUCAAUAUUGGAUCCAACAAUUCUCAGGUACCUGUUCGACGAUCAAGUCCACACAGCUCAGCGAACAUCUCACAUGGAUAAAGAUGACAAAUGCUGUUCCACUCACCUCAUAGACGGUGAUGGUACCUUCAAUGUUGAUGGACUUGAAGGUUUUACGAAGGAAGUGAAGCUGGCUGAAUGUGGACUUUCUUAUGCUGUAGUUUCCAUCAUGGGGCCGCAAAGUAGUGGGAAGAGCACCCUACUAAAUCAUUUGUUUGGUACCAACUUCAGAGAGAUGGAUGCUUUUAAGGGAAGGUCUCAAACCACAAAAGGUAUUUGGAUGGCAAGAUGUGGUGGUAUUGAGCCUUGCACUAUUGUAAUGGAUUUGGAGGGUACUGAUGGAAGAGAACGAGGAGAGGAUGAUACGGCAUUUGAAAAGCAGAGUGCACUUUUUGCUCUUGCUGUUUCAGAUAUAGUGUUAAUAAACAUGUGGUGUCAUGACAUUGGACGUGAGCAGGCUGCAAAUAAGCCCCUUUUGAAAACUGUAUUCCAGGUCAUGAUGAGAUUAUUUAGUCCACGCAAAACAACUUUAAUGUUCGUCAUACGCGAUAAAACAAGGACACCUCUGGAAAACUUAGAACCUGUUCUGAGAGAAGAUAUUCAAAAGAUAUGGGACUCUGUUCCUAAGCCACAAGCCCAUAAGGAAACUCCCCUAAGUGAAUUUUUUAACGUUGAAGUUGUGGCUCUUUCUAGUUAUGAGGAGAAGGAAGAACAAUUUAAAGAGCAGGUGGCUAGUUUGAGGCAGCGAUUCUUCCAUUCGAUAGCUCCUGGUGGGCUUGCUGGAGAUAGGCGUGGUGUAGUUCCUGCUUCAGGGUUUUCUUUUAGCUCACAACAGAUCUGGAAAGUCAUUAAGGAGAACAAGGACCUAGACCUGCCUGCUCACAAGGUCAUGGUGGCCACAGUACGUUGUGAAGAAAUUGGCAAUGAAAAAUUAUCUUCUUUUGUUGCGAAUGAGCAUUGGUGUGAACUAGAAGAGACCGUGCAAUCUCAUCCUGUUCCUGGCUUUGGAAAGAAGCUUAGUUCCAUUAUUGACACUUGCAUGUCGGAAUUUGAUGCAGAGGCUAUAUAUUUCGAUGAAGGUGUUAGAUCCACAAAGCGAAAGCAGUUGGAAGAGAAAUUGCUUCUGCUUGUCCAACCAGCUUACCAAUCCAUGUUGGGGCACCUACGGUCUGGAACGCUGGAGAAAUUCAAAGAAGCAGUUGAUAGUGCUUUAAACUGUGGACAAGGAUUUGCUGUGGCCGCUCGUGAUUGUGUUGAGUUGGCCAUGAGAUUAUUUGAUGAAGGAUGUGCAGAUGCCAUCAUCAAACAAGCAAACUGGGACUCAUCUAAAGUAAGGGAUAAGCUUUGUCGGGAUAUAGAAGCAUAUGUUGUUGCAGUUCGUAGUGCUAAGCUGUCCGAACUUACUACCCUCUAUGAGGAAAAAUUGAACUUGGCAUUAUCUGGGCCUGUGGAAGCUCUUCUAGAUGGAGCUGGUGAUGAUACCUGGCCAGCAAUAAGGAAACUUCUUUGCCGAGAGACUGAAACAGCUGUCUCUAGGUUCUCUGUUGCACUUUCUGAGUUUGAAAUGGAUGAAAAAUCCAAGGUACAGAUGCUUUCGAGGUUAGAGGAUUAUGCAAGAGGAGUGGUUGAAGCAAAGGCAAAAGAAGCAGCUGGGCGAGUUCUGAUGCAUAUGAAGGACCGGUUUUCAACGUUAUUUAGCCAGGAUGCUGAUUCAAUGCCACGGGUCUGGACUGGCAAAGAAGACAUUCGUGCAAUCACCAAAACUGCUCGCUCUGCAUCUCUGAAGCUGCUAUCCAUCAUGGCAGCAAUCCGUUUGGAUGACGACUCGGAUAACAUUGGGAAUACCCUGGCCCUUGCUUUGGUGGAUACCAAGAGUGGUGCUGUUAGCAGUAAGAACUCCACUUCGUUUGACCCAUUGGCUUCAAGUACAUGGGAAGAGGUUCCAGCAUCAAAAACAUUGAUCACUCCUGUCCAGUGCAAAUCUUUGUGGAGGCAAUUUAAGUCAGAGACAGAGUACACAGUUACUCAAGCCAUUGCUGCACAGGAAGCUAGCAGGCGUAAUAACAACUGGUUACCACCCCCUUGGGCAAUUGUUGCCUUGGUUGUACUGGGAUUUAAUGAAUUCAUGACACUUUUGAGGAAUCCUUUGUAUUUAUUUAUCAUCUUUGUUGCUUUUCUCCUUUCUAAAGCCCUAUGGGUGCAACUAGACAUCUCGGGUGAAUUCCGCAAUGGCGCUCUUCCUGGACUUCUCGCCUUAUCCUCCAAGUUCCUUCCCACUGUCAUGAACCUUCUUAGAAAGUUAGCGGAGGAGGGCCAAAAGCCUGCUACGAGUGAUCCUCAGAGAAAUCCUUCGCUAGCAUCAAAGAAUUUUCGAAGUGGAGGGAACAAUAAUGGUGAUUUGUCAUCAAGUGCUUCAUCUGAGGUAACUACUUCGGAAAAUGGAACCGAGUACUCAAGCCCUGCAGUACAUAACAAAUCAAAUUAAGUUAUCGGAUUUUCCAUGAAUACAUAAAUUUUCUUCUGUUUGGUCAUGCUGUUUUUCUGCUGGCUAGAAAUUGAUAUGCUCCAUGAAUAGGGUUCAUGGGUUAAGUUCUUAAUUGUCAUGACCAGAAAACGGGGUUAGCCUCUUACUAUGAGAAUGUCAGAGAAAAUAUUUUUAAGGCAUUGAUUUUGUGCAAGUGCCAUGUACUGGGGCUGUGGUGAUUAUGUAAAGCCCCACGAAAUAGUUUUUUGUAAUCUUUUUUUUUCUUUGUGUGCGUUGGGUUAGGGGGUUCCUUUUCUAGGGGUUGGUUCUGUUUCUUAUUUGUGUGGGAUACGUCAAUGGUCCUCCUUUUAUUAGAUUGGUGUCGAUUAUUCAUAGUUGUGGUAGUUUUGACUCGGGAUAAGCUCUGUGCUCCCCUGUAUUUGUAUCUAUGGAUGGGCGUUUGAUGAUUAAUGAACCUCCUUGUAUGUGACUGGGACAUAUAAUUCCUGUAUGAAAUAACAGAAAGACGCCAUUAUUUUGCUCUGCUAGUUGUGAAGUACUCAGUGUUGAAGGACACAUUGGAUUACGUUAUUGAAGUUCACUUUGCACCCAACCCCCCCUUCUCUCGUUGAUAUUUGUAUAUUAAAAUUUUCGGUGAUUAGAAACUUC